CAUUAGAAAACUAUUGAUUAAUAUGUUUCUAAAUUUAAUUGUAGGGUAUUUUUUGAACCCACAAUUUCUUUAUGGUGCCCCACCCUCUCCUGAAGUUGCUAGAGAAGUCAUGGAUGGAGUUAAAAAAGUGAUAACCAAGUUGGUACCCGAUAUAGAUACUCAAAUUCGGGCUAUUAAUCAAUUGUUGCUAUAUCGAGAUAGGCAGGAGACUUUUGGAACCCCGUUGGCUCAAAGGGCAGUGAAACAAACAAAUCCUGCUGAAUGGUGGAUUCAUUAUGGCUUGUGUGCUCCUGAGCUCCAAAGAAUAGCAAUUAGAGUUCUUAGCCAGACCACAUCAGCUUCGAACUGUGAGCGUAAUUGGAGCACCUUUAGCCUCAUCCAUACGAAAACAAGAAAUAGAUUAAAGUAUAUGAGACUACAAAAACUUGUUUUCGUACAUUACAACAUGAGGUUAAAGUUAAGACGUACAAUGAGAAGAAGCCAACGAGAAAUUGAAGAGGGUUUCAAUCCUAUCAAUUUGGACUACAUUUUCGAAGAAGAUGAUCCUUUAAGUCAAUGGUUAGAGGAGAGAGAGACACCACUACUCGAUGGUCAGGACAAUUCAAAUUGGUUAAAUGAAGAGGUUGGUGGUACUACAGAAGGAGGUGAUCAACCACCAAUAAACGCGCAUGAUGAUUCAGGUUCAAGCCCUGAACGUACACAAAGUGAUGACAAUCUUGGUUUGAGCCCACCAAGUGAUGAUAAUGGUAAUAGUGGUGCUGGAGCUGGGGUUGGGGGGGGUGGCAGUGGUGGUGGUGGAGGCGGCGGUGUAGAAUAUAAUUAUGGAUAUGAUACAGGGACAUCAUUUGGAAGGGAUAUAUAUCCUUCUGAUCCUUAUGGACUACAUGACAUACCUGAAAAUUAUGACUUGGGUAUUCCUCCAGGGAACCAAUCUUCACAACCCAGGAGAAGGAGGAGUGCUCGUGGUGACCCUAGCGAUUCUACUGAAGAUUCAUAUGGUGUGGUUCGUAGUUUUGGCGACUUUGGUUUAGAUGGUUCAUCAUCACAAUCAUUUGGAUCUCAUCCAGCAUAUCCACAUUAUGCAUCUCGUGACUCACAUUUUUAUCCCAGUGGAUUAGGAAUCUCAGGAUCUAGUGAGUCUUCUUCUACACACUACCCAGAGCCAGCCCCUGCCCCAACUUAUAGACAUUAUUCAGGAGAAUUUUCAUCAACAGUACAUUUUCAAGAGCAACAACAAAAUGAUGCAAACUUGGGUUCAUUCAACUAUGUAUUUCCACAAGGAUGGGGAGAUAAUUUCCCAUCCCAAUCUCAAGAUACAGAUGCAAAUUAUGAAGACCCUCCACGUCAUUCUUUUUGGUGGUGACAUGUGUUAUAUUAUAAAUUUGUAAUAUUGUAUUCAUGUAUUUUCAAUUAUUUAUUGAUAUUUGAUAUUAAUCACUUUUUAAAUUCAUGUAUGUGUAAUGUGUAUAUUGAGUAUUAAGUCUAUUGAGUAUUGAU